GUCAAAAUUUGGCGAAAUAAAAUCGAAGACCGUAAAAUCAACGAAGCAAUCCUUCGCACGUGUGUCGUGUUUUAGUUUGGCCUAGUGAAAUUUAAGAAUUUUCUUUGAUUUUGUGUGAAAAUUCUACCGGAUUAAUUCGAAAUAAGCACAAUUAUGGGUAAGAAAAAUAAAAACAAAAACCAGCAAAAACAUGAAUCGACUGCAUCCGCUAGUAAUGGCAAAGCAUCUGUAGAAGAUUUGGAUGAGAACUUUGAGUUAGAAUCAGAGCAAACGAAAUCGGAAAAGAAGAAAAAGAAACGGUCGAACAAUGAGGCUCAGGCUGGAGCAUUUGUUAAAAGACCGAAGUAUAGCGAUGAUGAGGAAGAUAACUCGAACGUCGAGGAAGCGUCGGAAAAUGGUGAACAAGAUGUGCCAAUAGUUGGAGGAGAUAACUCAUAUGAAGUGUUAUUGGGGAAUCAAGAGUUCGAAAGUCUCAAAGGUAGAGUCUCGGACAGUACCAUGAAAGCGAUCGGAGAAAUGGGAUUUACAAAAAUGACAGAAAUUCAGGCAAAGUCUAUUCCACCGUUGCUGGAGGGUCGAGAUUUGAUUGGAUCGGCAAAAACUGGCAGCGGGAAAACGUUAGCUUUCCUCAUUCCGGCAGUAGAAUUGAUAUAUAAAUUGCAAUUCAAACCCCGAAAUGGUACUGGUGUAAUAAUCAUUUCACCCACACGCGAGCUGGCCAUGCAAAUAUUUGGCGUCUUGAAGGAACUGAUGGCACAUCAUCACCAUACUUACGGAUUACUGAUGGGGGGAGCACCUCGGCAUACGGAGAAUGAAAAGCUCUCGAAGGGCUUGAACAUUAUAGUCGCAACUCCUGGCCGUCUGUUGGAUCACCUGAAGGGGACUCCAAACUUUCUAUUUAAAAAUUUGCAGUGUUUGGUGAUAGACGAAUGUGAUCGGAUACUGGAGAUCGGGUUCGAAGAAGAUAUGAAGCAGAUUAUCGCCAUUCUUCCAAAAAAACGACAGACAAUGUUGUUUUCUGCGACACAAACGUCACGCACGGAGGAACUGGGUAAAUUGGCCUUGAAAUCCGAACCAAUCUACGUUGGAGUAGAUGACAACAAAACGGUGGCGACCGUCAGUGGUUUGGAACAAGGAUAUAUUGUGUGUCCUUCGGAGAAACGUCUGCUAGUUUUGUUCACGUUUUUGAAGAAGAAUCGCAAGAAGAAGGUGAUGGUGUUCUUUUCGUCUUGUUUGUCGGUAAAAUUCCACCAUGAGCUGUUCAAUUAUAUUGACCUGCCAGUGAAUUCAAUUCAUGGCAAACAAAAACAAGCCAAACGUACGUCGGUUUUCUUCCAAUUCUGCAACGCCGAGUCCGGAGUGUUGCUUUGUACAGAUGUUGCCGCUCGUGGAUUAGAUAUUCCGGCUGUCGAUUGGAUUGUACAGUACGACCCGCCAAACGACACAAAGGAGUACAUCCACCGGGUCGGUCGGACGGCACGUGGUGAAAAUCUUUGCGGGCAUGCUUUGCUCAUCCUACGUCCGGAGGAAGUCGGGUUUCUAAAGUAUUUGAAACAGGCCAAAGUUCCGCUGAAUGAGUUUGAGUUUUCGUGGAACAAAAUUGCCGACAUUCAGCUACAGCUGGAACAUUUGCUGUCGAAGAACUACUUCCUGAAUCAGUCCGGAAAGUUGGCGUUUAAGUCGUACGUACGCGCCUACGAAGGACACCACAUGAAGGACGUGUUCAACGUAGGCAAUCUGGAUUUGGUGCAGGUGGCGAAAAAUUUCGGCUUUACACAACCACCCUACGUUGACUUUGGCAAGAGCUUCAAAAUACAAAACUCGGAUCGACGGGCGGGUAACCGAGGCCUUGGGCACUUCAAGACGUUCAAUAGGGAUAGGAAAGGAGAGACCAAAUUCAAGCACAUCAAAAAUCGGAAAGAACUUAAGAAGGUUAAUUAUGAGUAGGUUCAAUUGAUGGGGACGAAAUUUUUGAAUAAUUAAAGUGGUUCGAUAAUAUCA